AUGGAAAUUCCUGAUAUCGAUAUUAAUAAUAUAAUCCAGUGUGAUAUUUGUUAUAAUUCGUCAAGUGAUACUGGAUUUAUUUAUCCUUUACCAUGUGAUUGUAAGAAUAACGUAUGUAAAUCUUGUGUUAAAAAUAUAAAGAAAAAAAAUGGCAAAGAAACAAAAUGUCCUUUUUGUAAUAAAAAAAAAUUCAAUGAAAACGGAGAAGUUACAAGACAAGAAGAAGAAAAUGAACUGAAUAUAUUUUUUACGAUUAUCUGUAUUCGUGUUGACCUUAGACUUCGAUAUGAGAAUGAGUUGGCGAUUUUAGAAACAAAAUAUGAAAAUUUUAAAGAGUGUUGUACUUUUAAUUAUGAAAGUAAUAUAGAUGAAUUGAAUAAUAAUGAAGAUUAUGGAGAUGACUUAAAAAAAGAAAAACGAGAAAUGCUUUUAAUUAAUUAUAAUAUAUCAUUAGAAAAGUUAAAUAAAUCAAAAGAAAAAGAAAUUAAUAGUUUAAAAAUGAAAUAUAGAAUUUUAGCAAUAAAUUAA